AUGAACUUGACAAGACGACAAGGAGCUACUACACCAGUUAACAAUUCACUUAGUUAAUCGAGGCAUAGCGUAAGUUUGGGACAUCGCAAAGAGUUGGGAGUAUGUACGUACAUGGGGCUAUUUUAAACCACAGUUUCGACCUGAGCUAUCCUCCUUCCGUGCGCCGAACAUGACCGAGCCUAACCAAGAGUCCCAGCAUACUACCCCCACACUCCCGUCGGAUCCUGUUGGGGACAUUAUUGGGAGUACUUGCGUAAACUCGACCUCCGACUCUCCCAAUCAAACUGUGGAUCGAACAUCCACAAAUUCUACCUUAACAGCGCUUAACCUGAAUCAAGUCCGUCGAGCGUCAUAUGAAGACAACGGCUCCAAAUCUGCCCGAGAUCACAAGGAACCCCUUCCGCCACGCUCAACUACAUGUACUAGUGCCAGACGAAGCAUCAGUCAACUGACAAAGGAAGUACUGGUCGAACCCCUUCGACGAACGUCUAUCAACAAACGCAGUGACGUACUACCAACCAAUCCAGCAGCAGCAGCAGCAGCCACCACAGACGACACGGGGAGCCAGAAUAUCGCCGAGGACGAGUUGUUUGCAGCAGUGGACGAGGCGCUGGUGCCUGAAAUCGAAGCGUAUCUGCGUGAAAAGAUUCAAUGCAAUCGAAGCGACACAAAAGCCAAGGACAUUCGAGAGUUUGUGCUGUCGCGACUGUCGAGCGUGCAGAUUCGACAAGUGUUGCCGCCGUUGCUGGCAAAGUUGCAGAGCGAGCUGGGGGGGUCGACGAUCGCAUUGGACAUCCAAACGAGUUUUUGCAUGAUGGAAGACCUGUUCAGCGACGACCUCGGUCGCGCCUCGCCUCUGGUUGGGAUGUACACGGACGAAGAAGAAGACAUGCUCAAGAGCUUAGAACUGCGCACGGUGUUGUAAAACGUUAGGUAGUAUACAGUAGCUAACGUUACUGCAUUCAAUAUAGUAGCUAACUCCUA